AUCUCCUCAGACCGACCCUCCUGCAGUAUGGCUCUGCUGGUGCACGUGUUGGCGUGCGCCUUCGGCCUCGGCUCCUGGGUGGCGGUAAACGGUUUGUGGGUGGAACUCCCGCUCAUCGUCAACGUUCUCCCGGAAGGCUGGGAGCUCCCGUCCUUCCUCACAGUCAUCAUCCAGCUGGCCAACCUUGGACCCCUGCUGGUCACGCUCAUGCACAAACUUUUCCCGGGCCGUCUUAACAUGCGGGCCGUCGUUUACUUCAUCCUCUCCAUCGGCAUUGUGUCCUGCAUCCUGCUCGUCUUCUUCUGGGACAGGACUACCAUUGUGGGCGGAGCACCACACAGUACGGCCUUCUUCAUCCUCACCUUCUCCCUUGCUCUGGUGGACUGCACUUCUUCAGUCACUUUUCUCCCUUUUAUGAUGCAGCUCCCACCAAAAUACAUCACUACAUAUUUUAUUGGAGAAGGUCUAAGUGGUUUCAUUCCUGGUGUGGUUGCUUUGGCACAAGGUGUCGGCAUUGCCAAGUGCGUUAAUGUUUCUCAGGAUUUGGGAAACCACACAGGUGGGGAUACGUUGUUACAAACUGAGUAUCUCCCUCCAAACUUCUCCUCAGAGGUGUUUUUCUGCUUCCUAGCAGCCAUGAUGGGCAUAAGCAUGGCUGCUUUUGUUGGACUGAACAGGCUUCCUCGGACGCUCGAACUGUCCGCAGAAAACCUUGUGCUGGACACGACACCAUCUUUCAGCUCCGGGUUGGAAAACCCAGAAGCAAAGACUGAUGGAGGAGGCGAGAAUAACCAAGAGGAAGGACCAGGUAGAAGGAGGCCCAUGCUGAGCUACCCUAAGCACUCCAAGUACCAGCUGAUAUGGAUCUACUUUCUUGUGGUCUGGGUUAAUUCUGCGACCAACGGACUGUUGCCGUCUGUUCAGACGUAUUCCUGCAUGCCCUAUGGGAAUCUCGUCUAUCACCUCUCUGCAGCUCUGGCCUCCGUGGCCAACCCAGUCGCCUGCACUGUUGCAAUGUUCUUUCAAAACAGGUCUCUGGUCUUUCUUGGCGUGCUGACCCUGCUGGGGUCUGGUUUUGGCAGCUACAACAUGGCGAUGGCAGCUCUGAGUCCUUGUCCUUUGCUUCGUGGGUCUGCAGCAGGAGAGGCGAUCAUUGUCCUCUCGUGGCUCCUGUUCAUCGGAACAUUGUCGUAUGUGAAGGUGAUGGUGGGUGUUAUCCUGAGAGAUCGGAGCCACAGCGCCUUGGUCUGGUGUGGAGCUGCAGCACAGGUGGGUUCCCUCCUUGGCUCCGUCACCAUGUUCCCGCUGGUCAACGUCUACCAGUUCUUUGAGUCCGGAGACUUGUGCAACUCUCAGUGUCCUUCAUGACGCCCUGCCGAGACCUGCAGAAACUACGACAGCUGGAGACUCACAUCUGGAGCAACACGUCUGUUGAUUUUUUUCUCUGCCGAACAUUAAAUAAAAGAUAGAAACAUCAUUUUAAGUUACCUACAGACAGGACACAAAGAGGCAGAGAACAUUCACUCAUAAAA